ACACCACUGUUUUGGGCAGCUAGAAAUGGGCAUGAGGCAGUGGUGAAUCUGCUCCUUGAGAAGGGUGCUGAUACGAGUACUACGGAUAAGGAUGGCCGGACACCACUGUUCUGGGCAGCUAGGAAUGGGAAUGAGGCAGUGGUGAAGCUGCUGGAAAAUCAACACGCGACAACUCUCCAGAACGAU